AUGAUAUUUGGUUAUUUCGGCAACUUACUUUACAUAGGUCUACUUUUGACCAACGCUAUAGCGAUAUUGAAUGAAGAGAGGUUCUUGGCUAGGAUCGGCUGGUCAUCAUCCACCCCAUCCAACGCGAAUAGUAACGUAGGAUUCGGUCACUCGCCCAAUCCACACAUGUACAACGAUGCGUUCGGUCAGAAUGCAAAUGAAGGUCCGGGGGUAAAAGCGAAAUUGGUUAAUCUGAUAAGUGCGACUAGGACGUUGAUGAGGAUACCGCUGAUAGUGGUGAAUGUAGUUAUGUGA